AUGGCAAGAUUACAAGGUGAAGAAUGACUGAACUCAAUCCAGAAUGGAGAAAGCAAUACAAUUACGGACACCUGGACAGUGAAGAUAUCUAAGGAUUGUGCCAAUUAUGAGUCAUGCGACGAUGUGAUAUCAGGCAUAUCAAAAAGGAGCUGGAACAGCUGAAGGACAUUCUACUGACAUACUGAGAGUGGACAGUGGGGCGUCGUUAUAAUGCUGGUGUCACACAAUUUUUGACUAAAGAGGUUUUUGUCAAGCUGAGUAGCAGCCUGUCAAUAAACACUACAGACUGUCUCAAGUGGCUUAAAAGUUAAAACCAAUGCUUACAAAUCAUAUUCUUAAUAGGAAUGAGAUAAAGGCAUGAAUGUUUUCAUCAGAAACAAAGAACAACAAAGAAAAAUGCCAGUAAGCCAUCAUUUACAAAGAGAGACAGACCAAUAGAGCGCACAUAACCAUUCAUUAAUACAAAAUCAAAGAAAUCGUGAAGAUCAGACUCCAUAUAUUGUUAAAACAAGUUGCUAGACCACAAUCGAUUUUAAAACCAAAUUGUCAAGCAUAUACAGGUGUGCCUCAAACAGAUAAAACCUUUGAGAACAAUCAGCAUGAACCUGACCGCCCAUCUUCUGGACCUCAUGCUGAAGGCUUCCAACCUCUCUCGCUGGCAGUUCAUCCAGGAAUUCUCCAUUCCUCCUCUGGUGGCCGUCCCCAGACUCCCCAGCGCCCUGCUUCCAGUUUUUGGUCUGAUCUACGUGCUCAUCUUUGGGCUUGCGGUGGUGGGAAAUGGGGCGGUGCUGGUUCUCUUAUGUCGCAGGAAAGCUCUGCAGUCUCCCAGCACCUUCUUCAUUUGUUCAUUGGCACUCAGUGACCUCUUGAUAUCCAUAGUGUGUGUUCCUGCCACACUGCUGCAGCACUUCUUCACCAACUGGUUGGCAGGUGACUUCCUGUGCAAGUUAAUACCAUUCCUACAAGUGACAGCCAUAGCCACCAGCAUGCUCACCAUGACUUGUAUUGCUGUAGAGCGUUUCCAGGGAAUCCUUUAUCCUCUGCAUGUCAGAAACAGCUACUUUCUUUCUCAUGCCUUCAAGAUGCUGGUGGUCGUGUGGUUGGUUGCCCUGGCAAUAGCGGCUCCCAUGUGGUUUGUUCAGAAAGUGGAGGUGAAAUAUGACUUUCUGUUUGAUGUCCACCACACCUGUUGUUUGGAAGUAUGGCCAAGCCAGUUCCAGAGGAGAGCCUACACUACCUGUUUGUCCGUCCUGGUGUUUCUGGUCCCCUUGAUGACCAUGGCCAUCCUCUACUGGAAGAUCAUGAGGGAGCUCUGGGGCAAGCACAAAGUACACAACGUCAUGUUUCAAGCACUGCCAGGAUCUGAAAUUAACAAGAUUACCAGGAGAAAGAAGCGUGCGGUAAGAAUGAUGGCCACCGUGGUGUUGCUCUUUGCCGCCUGCUGGGCACCUUUCCAUCUGGUCUCCCUCCUGCUUGACUAUGGUCAACUGGACCUUGACCUUGACUCUGAGUUUCUCCUAGUAAGUGUGGUUCAGAUCCUGGGAUUCAGCAACUCUGUGUGUAACCCGCUGGUUUAUGCUGCCCUCAACACCACCUUCAAAAGGGACCUGCUGGCUCUGCUCACUCGAGGAUACUCUGGUGCAAGAGGUUGCUGCUGUAGCUCAUGCUCCUGUUGGUCCUGGAGGAGUCACAAAAGAGUGGGCAUCUCAGCUGUGGAAUCAGUGGAACCCAGACGGGGCCUGGAGACAAAAUGCAGACAGGGAGGGAACAGAUCGUGGAGCAAACCAGCAUGGGAGGGUGAACCAGAGAGGCCUUCAUCUAACACGUUUCCCCCCAUGAACCUUCUCAGCGCCAUCAGACCCAAAAAGACCUCCAGUACCAUGAUACUAAGUGUUAUUGACCCUCCACACACAGACAGCACAUCUGGGUCUGACCGGCCUCUCACAGGCAUACUGAGCAAGUGAAUGUCAGCAGAAAGAGACUGUAAUGAUUCCUGAAACUUGUCUUAGAAGACUAAAAUCCUUCAGGAGAUUUUUAAACAAUCUCUUAUAUAGCCACUGUUUUUAUUUUUUGCUAAUGAUGUGGAUUCAACAACCUUUGAAGGAUGUUUUUGUUUUAAGAGCUCAGUUUAUAUCUCCACGAUAAGGACAGGAGCAAGUCACCCAAGAAAGAACCUGUGAUGGUUUUGAACUGCUUACAGUCUUUGAGCUUCUGAAAACCAGCUACAGUACAUCAUUAGUUUUGGUUCAGCUAUGAGAAAGACAAAAGACCAAGUGCACCCUUCCUAGAUUGUGGAGUGUGUCCAGCCUCUUGCCUCAGGGAAUGUGGAUUCUGUCUCCAUGGAUGGGCCCAAAGCAUACUGGAGGUUCAGCAGGAGCCUGCAGAGAUGUUUGGAGAUCCCCAGCUGAGUGCGGAGGACAUACUCUCCAUAAAGCCUUACAACUCGGAUUAUAUCAUGACAUCUGUAGAGUUUGCUACAGGCAAGAUUUCACUAUUCAGCAACCUGGAGAUAGAGAUUACAUACAGAAUGGCUGGCAGAACAUGGGUUUGGACCUUGAUACCUCAUCUCAUCAUACUAUCAGCAUCAUUACAAUAAUCAUAUUUUGAGAGAUUGUUCGGAUAUUUUUCUAUUGCAAUGCACAUAAAAAUAACUCUUUAAGAUGA